UUCGUUCGUGGUCAGUGCUAGAGUUACCAUCGCUUUUCGAAACUUUGUCUUGUCGCGUUUGUUUGUUUGUUUGUUUGUUUUUUUUCCUAUCUAUCUGCUUUUCUUAAAUCACAACUUUGCUUGUUAUUUGUGUUGAUUUAUGAGUUAUUUGGACUGCGUUCGGGUGCUGCUUGGCAGCUGUAGGACAAAAUAGCCCUAGUUAGUGGACGGGUGCGUGCGUUCGUGUGCGUGUUUCGUGGUUUCGAAUGCAUAUUAGCAUAAGUGAUAAUUAAUACUUCGGAUCCGCGCGCCUCGGAUGGUGAUGAAUAACGAAAUUGAUCUUUGUACGGAGGCGACCCGAGCGGAAAGUGCGUGUGUGAGUGUGUUUGAAUAAUAUUAGCUAUCGAGAUUCCGUAGAUAUCAAAAUAAAAAAAAAACACCGUUGAAAGUAAAAGUGAUUAGGAGCUGUUUAGAUCGUACGAUUUGCGUGAAGAGGAAGACGAGUAGUCUCCUGGUGUAAAUGUGUGAGAUCGAGGAGAAAUGUGAAAAUUUUACCUGCCAAUAUCUCUGGUCUUGCUUAACAUCGGACGUGGGACGUUGGAUCGAGAGGAAUCGAGAUUUUAUGCCAACACGGCGACACUAGAGUUCAAUGUAGUCACGUUGAUCCAACCUAGUGACAUUUACCGGUGAAGAAGACAUCCGAACCGUGAGUGUUUGUGCGCGCCUUUCAACCGAAUCAAACAUUCAGCUGAUUUGAAAGAGUAGAAAAUGUCCCAGCUGUCGAAUUGGUGAAAUCGAUUGAACAAGAGCUUUUCGGAAACGGACAGCGGUAUUUGCCUUUUUGUUGGUUGAUGGUUUUGUUUAUUGGCCUCUGUAUUACCGAGGACUCGGCAACGAUUGUCGGAAAGUUCAAAGGGCUUCAAGUAACACAGUAACGGCCGCCGUCAUGUGCAGCAAAAACAACUUCGAGGUUUUGAUGGAGAAAAUCAAUACGGGUAUACCAACGUGUCCGAUCAGUUUGGACUCGUUGCGUACUCGGCUACCAGACAUUGCCAGUUGGCGGUUACCCCACGUAUGCAAGGAAGCCGUCACCAACAACAACAACAACAACGUAAACAGCAGCAACAACAACAACAACAGCAACGGCCCACUUGGUGGAAGUGGUCUAGAAGCAGGAACCACCGGAAACUACAGUAGCAACCUUACGACGGCGGCGUCGGACGCCUUCUAUCAGCCCCAGUCGCUGGGGGCCCUAUCCACCGUGACGGCAUCGACGACCGUCACCAGCUGUGGAUCUGCCGCGGGGGGAACAGCGACAACCCAGCAGCCACUUCCGCAGCAGCACUUCCAGCAGCUUGCCCAACAGCAACAGCACCAGACCAGUUUGCACAAGUUCUACAAAGCGCACAAGAAGAUGCCGGCAUUUCGCGGCCGGAGAGGCUGGUGCGGAUGUUUGCAGGAUGAUGAACCACCCGAAAUCUGCGUGGUCGAGGGUGUCUUCUCGCUGCAAACGCUGACCCCCACCCAGCCGAUGCCGGCGAUCGACGAGUUGGACAGCAAAUUUGCCGAACUUGUCGAGGAACUCGAUCUCACCGCACCGAACAAAGCCGCGAUGCUCAGUUUGCCGCCGCAGAAGAAAUGGCAAAUUUACUGCUCCCGCAAGAGUCCUCUGGAUGCGACCGGACCGAAUGGAGCUCCGCUGCCGGGUGCCACACUGCCUCCCACACCGGAGCACUACAUCGAACGACUGAAAGAUAUGGCGGUUCAACUGAAGGCCUCCUCACCGGACGAAUCGCCGUCGCACGAGUACAGCCCGAAGAUCGAAUCACACACGGCCUUGUUCGAUGCGUUGAAGACGGCCCUACGCACCUCGGCGCACAGUUUCGUGAUUCGGUUUAUUGAACUGCAGGGGCUACCGGCGCUGCUCGAGUUGCUUCAGGCACUGGACAUCCGGGUGGCCAACAGUCCACUACACACUAGUCUGAUCGGGUGCAUCAAGGCGCUGAUGAACAACUCGACUGGCCGCUCGCACGUGCUGGCUCAUCCCACCGGAAUCGACACGAUCGCACGCUCACUGGCGGCGGACAACAUCAAGACCAAAAUUGCCGCAUUGGAAAUUCUCGGUGCCGUUUGUUUAGUACCGGGAGGUCACAAAAAAGUUCUCACGGCAAUGCUCAACUAUCAGGAGUACGCAGCCGAGCGAGUUCGAUUCCAGGGCAUCGUAAACGAUCUGGACCGAUCAACCGGUGCCUACCGGGAUGAUGUGAAUCUCAAGACGGCCAUCAUGUCAUUUAUCAACGCCGUACUGAACUAUGGCCACGGACAGGAGAAUCUCGAGUUUAGGUUGCAUCUGAGGUACGAGUUUUUGAUGCUGGGCAUUCAACCAGUGAUCGAUAAGCUGCGAAAGCACGAGAACGAUACCUUGAAUCGGCAUUUGGACUUUUUUGAGAUGGUUAGAAAUGAAGACGAGAAGGAACUGGCCCGGAAGUUUGGACACGAACAUGUUGACACAAAGAGUGCGAACGCCAUGUUCGAUCUGCUGAGACGGAAGCUCAGUCAUUCAACCGCCUAUCCGCAUCUGUUGAGUCUUUUGCAGCACAUGCUGAUGCUUCCCCAUACGGGAUCGAAUGCACAGCACUGGUUGAUGUUCGAUCGAGUGGUCCAACAGAUCGUUCUGCAACAGGAGGAGCGACCUUCUAGUGACAUCGAUCCGGAUCAGGACAAGUCUUCGGAAUCUUCCUUGAAAGUGCAGGAUCCGGAUAUCGCUCCGCUUCAUAUCGAUGUGAGAAAAAUAGUCAAACUUUUAGUCAAAGAGGAAGAACUGGUUGCUGCCCGGAGUCGGGCCGAGGACCUGGAAAAGGAAAACUCGGAAAUUAAUGGAAAGCUAGCGAAAAAAGAGCAAGAGUUGGAUUUGCGAACACAGGAAAAAGAGGAUCUGGAAACAUCUCUGGCCCGUAUGCGAGAACGCUUGGAAAAGGAAAGUGCCAAUCACUCGCAGGCCGUACAGCGGGCACUGAAUGCCGAAAUGCGCGUCGAAGACCUGCAGCACCGAUUCGUCAGCGAGCAACAGGAACGCGUUCGCCUGGAACGACUAGUCACCGAGGGAAGCAUUCCGGACGAUCAGAAGGUGGCCGGAUUGCAGGGUUGCAACGGACCGGUUUCUCCACCUCCACCACCGCCACCAUGUAAACUUCCUCCACCACCACCGCCAAUGAUGUCCGCACCGCCACCUCCGCCCGUACCCGGCGGUAUUCCCAAGGUCUCCAGUCAGAACGUGUCCAGCAUGCCGGCACCACCCAAGAUGGAGGCACCGAAAAAGAACGUCCCGCAGCCGGCCAAUCCCCUGAAGAGCUUCAACUGGUCCAAGCUGCCGGACAGCAAGCUCCAGGGUACCGUGUGGAGCGAACUGGACGAUUCCAAGUGGUACAACAGCAUCGAGCUCGAGUCUAUCGAUAAACUGUUUUCGGCCUACCAGAAGAAUGGCGUUGCGUAUAAUUUCCCAUUCCAGAAUGACGGUUCUAUUGAGGAUCUCCGUCUAAUAGGGAAGAACAAAACCAAGAUUCUUUCGGUUAUUGAUGGACGGCGAGCACAGAACUGCACGAUUCUGCUGAGCAAACUGAAAAUGAGCGACGAAGAGAUCUCAAAGGCCAUUCUGUCGAUGGAUUCCAACGAACAGCUACCGAUCGAUAUGGUUGAGCAGCUCCUCAAGUUCACCCCGUCGGCCGAGGAGCGUGCCCUGCUGGACGAACAUUCUGAAGAUAUUGACUCACUUGCCCGAGCGGAUCGGUUCCUGUACGAAAUCUCGAAAAUACCUCACUACGAACAGCGACUCCGAAGUUUACACUAUAAAAAGCGCUUCCAGGUGACGGUGAGUGAUCUUUCGCCGCGAAUCGCCAACGUGAUGGAAGCAUCCCGGGAGGUGGCUCGCUCGCGACGACUUCGCAAACUGCUGGAGCUCGUUCUGGCCCUCGGUAACUACAUGAACCGUGGUGCUCGUGGUAAUGCAUCCGGAUUCCGACUGGCUUCGCUCAACCGGCUGGCCGACACCAAGAGCAGUGCGGCCAAGGGCACUACUUUGCUUCACUAUUUGGUGCAGAUAAUCGAAAAAAAGUUCAAGGAUAUUCUUCUGCUGGAGGAAGAUCUGCCCCACGUGAAGGAAGCCUCGAAGGUAUCCCUCGGUGAGAUGGACAAAGACAUAUCGAUGCUGCGGGCGGGUCUGGCGGAGGUUAAUCGCGAAAUCGAGUUCCAUCGCAGCAGCGGUGUUCCACAAUCUGGCGAUCGAUUUUUGCCGGUGAUGCGGGAAUUCCACGCCCAGGCAUCGGUGCGAUUCGCGGAACUGGAGGAUCAGUUCCAGGAUAUGAAGACAAGAUUUGACCGCGCGGUUAGAUUGUUUGGCGAAGAUGGCUCAGUAGUGCAACCGGAUGAAUUCUUCGGUAUCUUUGAUGGAUUUUUGACGGCGUUGAUGGAAGCCAAACAGGACAAUGAAAACUUCCGUAGGCGACAGGAGGAAGAGGAGAAACGAGCCAAACAGGAAGCUGAGCUUAAAAAACGCACCAUCGAGCGCAAAUCCAAGGAAGGUCUGCUGAACUCGGUGGCCAAGAAUCUCGGACUGAAAUCGUCGAAAGCGUCCAGCAAUGGUACGUCCAACGGAGGCAGUCCAGUGGCCGAGUCGAACAAUAAAGGCGAGUUUGAUGAUCUCAUCUCCGCACUUCGAACCGGAGACGUGUUCGGCGAGGACAUGGCCAAGUUCAAACGGUCGCGCAAAACCCGGCUGGGAACACCGAGCAACGGCAGUGCUACCAAUACGUCCCCGCCGCGCAGUCGGAAUAGCGUUGGCCGGGAGGACAGUCGCGAACGGACGGGCGUCGUCAACAGACGGCAGUAGAGUGCAGAAACUGCAUGAUUAGUAUAUAUCAUUGGCUGGACUUUUGUCCUGGCGGAAAACGUGUGUUUGUUUAGUAUAUUUCGGUUUGAUUCUAAUAUAGAGGGCGUUGUUUUUUUUUUGUUUUCGUGUAAAUUUGUAAAAGUGAAUGAGACCAAAAAUUGUGAGUGAAGCUCAAAAAUACAAUGUUAGUACGAAACUACAACAGAAAGCACUAGAUAUUAUAAAAUGUUCUGGUUAUUCCAUUAGAGACUGUUUUAAGCACACCGAAGAAAAUAUAUAAAUACAAUAACAGUAAAUUUUGGAGCAUGUUUUACGAUCAGAUCAGCCACUUUGCAACUGACGCGUUUGUUUUAGAAAAAGCUGGCAAAAGUAGACAGCCUGGCAGUAAACGUAAGCUAAACUAACCGGUAGAAACUUAUAUUCUAGUUAAGACUUUUUUGUAGAACAGUUAAUUUGUCAUACAGUCUACUCCUAACCUUCAGUAGCCACAUCGCAAUCGUUUCAGUUACCAAUGGGUUUUCCUUCGCGAACUCCAUGCUUCCCAACAACGGUAUUAGUCAGGGCCUGUUUAAGCUUCAUUUAUAUCUACAUACUUGUUGUUGUAUUGCACUGUACCCUCCGAGAACAGCGGGUGUUCAUCAAUUCUACAACAGGGAACACCAUUCUUUUGUAUUUAUUUAGCUCACCCCUAACUGAAGUAUUCUUUCUAGUGACAUAUACAUGUACGCAUAUCUCUUCCUUUACUCAAGAUCUGAGUUGCUCCCCGACCCGGGAACUCUCUGUAUAUAAUCUAGAAAUUGGUAAUCGAUAAUCGAUGAAAAAUAUAAUCUCAGUAAAACAAAACAAAAACCGUUGAGUUUUCCAAAUAGACAAGUGAAGUUUUUCCCGUUUUUAAAUAUACUGAAUAAUAGCGGAAUAACAUUUUUUUAACAUUCAUUCAAAACAUAAACGCUGUGCACCCCUCAUAGCUCGUGUCCGUGUCCAAUAUUUUUACCCAGCAAACAAAUAUGCAAUAACAGAACAAACACUGGAUACCGAUUUUAAUAUAUGCAAUGUGGUGAGGUGUCUUCUGCUUCAAAUAACUUGAUAAUCAUUUGGUUUGUAGGACAAGCAAUUUUAUCUACCCUAUUCCACAUGCUAUCGCCGCCAGUUUUCAUGGUUAUCAUUAUCACCGGCAGCCGUCGGGCAUCCAACUGCAUGGCAUACAAUAGAAUCAAUACAUAUAGGUGUUGCUUGAUGAUAUUCGAAAUUCAUACAAUACAAACCAAAACCGAAGAAACAGAGAUUCAUUUUAAACAGAGCAAAAACAAAGAAGGACACGUUAAAAUAAACGAACUGAUUACCGAGGGAGUACCGAAGUUGGAGCUGUUUCUCGACAGUAAGAAACAAACGCCAACCAAACAGCAACGGUCUCUUCAUAAAAAAAACACUCUGGAUGGAAAAAUUGAUUAUAUAUAGUAUAUAUACUGAUAGUACGAAGAAAACGUGAAUAAACUUGUCGGAAAAAUG